GUUGGAGCCGCCGUCGCCUUCCCCAGCCUCGCCGCCAUCAUCGCCGACUGGUGCAGCGCCGCCGUGAGCCAGCCGCCGGUCGUCGCCGUCCAACUGGAGCAGCCAGCCGCCGGUGUCGCCACUCAUCGCCGCCGUCGAUUGCAGCGCCGCCGAGUUGCAGCGCCGCCGCUGCCUCGCCUUCGCCGCAAUCGAGCGCCGUCGUCGCCCUUUGCACAGCGGCCAUCCGCCGCCGUCGAGUGCAGCGCCGCCAGUCGCUGCUCACCGCCGUCGAGCUGCCGCUCCGCCACUGUCGCCGGCGUCCGUCACCGUCGCCGCAUCCGGCCGCUGCCCCGAGUUGAUAUCGCCGGAAGAUUAACCUCCACGCCGGAUUGAUUGGUCGAUUUCGUACUUUGGCUCGAUUUGACCCGUUCGGUUGAUUUCGUUGAUUUGUCUUCCGUUCGAGCUAUCGAUUCAAUUUCGACGUAAUCCAGGUCCGUACUAUGAAGUUAAUAGCAUUCAGAAUAGAUUUAAUGGUUUGACCGAAUGGUUAAAUCCAAAACUUUAAUGAAUUAGUUAAGUUAAUUAAUUAAUUCUAAUUGGUGAUUAACAUCAAUUGGUUUAUUGUGUUGAACAUAGAAACUGGCCAUCGCUCGGGCGGCUGCAGGGCCUGGUCAGUGAGGUUAAGACGUGCGCACGAGGGUUUGUGAUCUUGGGUUUGAGGCCAUCGCCCGAGGGAUCCUACCUCCACCGAAUUGAGGCCAUCUUCGGUAUUACGGAUUGAGGCUAUCUCCGUCAUAGGAAAUAAAUGUUAAGUGGUUUGACUUCGGUGAAAGUCUAAAUUGGUUUGACCGGUGGUCAAAGAGUUCAUGAGAAAACCGUAACACCUAAAUCGUUUUGAAAAGAAAGAAAAUAAGUUGACUGUU